AUGCCGCCAAAACGAAAGCGCUCAACCACAGUAACGUCGGUCAAGAAAGACGCCAUGGACGCUGUGCAGCCCUCAUCGCGCGACGCCUCGGACGAGGGUGCCGAGGACCCUGUCCUCCAAGCCGUCGCGUCCAAGAAGGAGCGCCAGGCCGAUGCCAAUGCCAAUGGCACGACGACGACGACGACGAAACGGGUACGCGUCAAGAGCGCCCACGGCGACCAAGACAGCGACGAGGAUGAGCGCGCAAGCAAGAAGAGCCGCCGCACAUCCUCGCUUGCAGGCGACGAUGACCACGGCGAAGGAGGCGAGGCUGGAAGCAUGCGCAUGGAGCCUCCGCCGAAAGCUGGCCUCGUCGAUCCUGUAGGGUACAAGACGAAUCCGCCGCCAGAGGGCCGACCGGUCAGGAUAUACGCAGACGGUGUGUUUGAUCUCUUCCACAUUGGACACAUGCGCGCCCUGCAGCAAGCCAAGACGGCCUUUCCAGACGUCCACCUCGUCGUCGGCGUUACCGGCAACAAGGAGACGCACAAGCGCAAGGGUCUGACCGUUUUGUCGGCGAGGGAGCGUGCCGAGAGUGUGCGCCAUUGCAAGUGGGUUGACGAGGUGAUUGAGGACUGUCCUUGGAUCGUCACCGCCGAGUUCUUGCUCAAGCACAAUAUCGAUUAUGUUGCGCACGACGACCUUCCCUAUGGCGCAGACGAAGGCGAUGACAUCUACGGUCCCAUCAAGGAGCGCGGCAUGUUCCUCGUCACACAGCGAACAGAGGGUCUCAGCACAACGGGUAUCAUUACAAAGAUCGUACGCGACUACGACCAAUACAUCGACCGCCAACUCAAACGCGGCACCUCGCGCAAAGAACUAAACGUGUCCUGGCUCAAGAAGAAUGAACUAGACGUCAAGCGCACCAUGGCCGAGCUGCGCGACAGCAUCAAAGCCAACUGGACCACCACAGGCCAGGAACUGAGCAAGGACUUUAGACAGUUUUGGCAAUACGGCACCUCGAGGCCGGCCAGUCCUGCGAGGACGCCAACGCGGGAGCAGACGCAGGCCGAGGCUAUGGAAUCUGGCGGCAAUGUUGCGAGGAGCCCGAGUGCGAUUAGUAGGCUGAGCCACUUGGACAUUCCCAGGGCGAACAUCAACAGUACCAGGGAGUCAUCCGAGUUCGCGGCGGGCUACAAUCUGGGUCUGAUUGGUGGUGUAAGGUCGUGGAUGGCACGCAGUCGCCGUAAUCUGAACGAUAGUAGGCCUCAGAGCCCCACGUUUGAUGAGAGCUCCGAUGAGCAGGAGGGGGCGAGGAGUCCGCAGGACAAGGAAGUCACGCGUGGACGGACGGGCAAACAGAUGAAGAGUGAGGGUAUGGAUACGGCGGCUUAG